ACCAGGAUGGAGAGAAUCAUCAUCUCGUUGCUCAUCGUCACAAGUUCCUGCGGUUUUUCUGCCAAACACGUGUUUAUCCAGAACCCGCUCUCGUGGACCUGGGCCAGGGACUACUGCCGGGUUCACCACACAGACCUGGUGCCCAUCACCAACGACCUGGAGGAGAAGGUGUUCAGGGAGUCCGUGGGUGGGGACGGCGCCGGCUGGAUCGGCCUCUACUGUUCUUCUAGAAAAGAGAGGUGGAGGUGGUCGGGAGGGACCGCCGUCACCAAGGAGAAACGGGCCCGCGGAUUCGUUGCUGCCUACAACUGGACCGGUCACGGGUCGUAUCCAACGUUCGGUUGGUCCUACAACAACUUCUUCUGCCUGAACCUGGUGGUGGUGCAGGAGGGGAAGACCUGGAAGGAGGCGAAGCAGCACUGCAAGGGGGCCCAGGCCCAACUGGCCACCCUGCUCUCAGAGACGGAGAAGAUCCUGGCCACCAGGGAGAUCCGGGACCCGGCCGUGACCGGGCAGGUCUGGAUCGGGCUGCACUACCACGGCAGCUGGCACUGGGAGAACCGGGACCCCCUGGAGUACGAGGCCUGGUCCCCCGCGGGAGACCCGGACCCCCCGGGGGAAGGCUGCGGGGCUUUAACUAAAGGGGGGGUGUGGGUGAAGAAGGACUGUAGUGAGAGACUCCACUUCAUCUGUGCUUGAGCUUUAAAGAUUAAAGGAAACUUAUCUGAAUGAUAAAGAUAUCAAACUACAGGUAGAAGCUGUUCUGAUGAAUGUUAUUUAAUCAGUCGUGAGUUUAUAUAUAUAUAUAUAAAUGUGUGCUUCUGUAAGCUGUUAAUUAUCUUCAACUAGAUGUUGUUGCCAAGUUUAAAUUGUAUCUGAAGAGAUUUCAUCAUGAUUAAAGAUGUUUACUUCUUUAUUUAAAAGGAUCCCCAUUAGCUGACGCCAAAAACGAAAGCUAGUCUUCCUGGGGUCCAGACAAUAAAAUACAAAAUCACAAAUACAAUCUCAAUUCAUAAAGUACAUAAA